GAACCGGAAUGUAUCCUAGAUGACCAUUAUGACAAAUGGCACCGCGGAAGGACUAUGGCGGAGAAAGGGGAGGUUUUGAAAUGGUUGCACUUGAGGUGCCAUGAGGUCCAUGGCAAGAAGAUGCCAUAUGACGAGCGAUACACACAAUAUAUCAAGAAGACCGGACUUCUCCCUUUCGUGCACCUUGUGUCCCGGUCGACGCCGCAUAUGAACCCAUGCGCGAUCACGGCACUAGUUGAUCGAUGGAGACCGGAGACACAUAGUUUCCACUUGCCUUGUGGGGAGAUGACAGUAACUCUGCAAGAUGUUUCCAUGAUCCUGGCACUUCCUAUCAAAGGGGAGCCUGUGUGUCGGAACACAGCUUCUGAUGGAUGGCGUGAAGCGAUGAGGGAUCUCAUUGGGAACGCGCCGACGACGGAGAAGAUGUCUGCUGGUGCUCCUUAUUCUUGGAUCCAAAAGAACUUCAAGAAGUGCCCCGAGGGCGCCGAGGACGAGGUGGUUGAGAUGUAUGCUCGGACAUACUUGUGGUAUGUUGUGAGUAGGGUUCUUUUCUCAGACGGCACUGGAUCGAAUGCCUCCUUCAUGUGGCUCCAGUUAUUUGCGGGUUGGGAACAUAAUCUCAGUUGGGGAACAGCGGCACUCGCUUACUUGUACCGACAGUUGGACGACGCGUGUUGCAAAACAGGAAAAGGAGCAAGUAUUGGUGGUUGUAUGCUUCUAUUGUCCAUAUGGUCGUGGUUGCGCUUGCCAGUUGGCCGUCCCAUUGAGAUGCGCCGGAAUGAUUGGAAUGAUCAUAGAGACCCAUUACGUUUUCCUACCGCGGCGUACAUAUGGGACAAUACAGAACCUUUCCAUGGUGAAUCUAAGGAAUGCUACAUGAGGUACAUCAGCCAACUCGACGCUCUUACCCCGGAGAAGGUGACAUGGGAGCCCUAUGGAGAGCCCGGGAGUAUUGCUCGACACAUAUUGUUUAGGCUGAACCCGAAGUGUCUAGAAGAAGCACAUCUUUGGCGGAUGACUUGUCAAUUGAUAUGCUUUUAUGCAGUUGAGUACCAUCUUCCAGAUCGGGUGAUGAGACAGUUUGGUUUGUUCCAAGAGACCCCGCCGCCAUGGAAGGACACUAGAAUAGAGUUGCACGAGUUGGACAAAAUAAGGCAGAAGAAGGAGAAGAAUUGGCCCAUCCGUCACAGGCACUACAUCAACAAGUUCAAGGCCAUCAUCAGGAGGAUUGAGGACCCAAAAACAGUUCCGGUUCAUCUGCAACCAUUUGAUAGCGAAGCAUUCAGCCGGUAUCUUUGCUGGCUACGUAGUGUGUCUCGUUUGUACAUAAAGCCGCCGGCUUUUGCACCCGUGGAUGUAGAAGACGGAACAUAUCUGGAUGAUGAGGACAUGGCCAAGUUGGAUUAUAACAGACGCACAAGAGAGGGUAGAAACCCUGACCCCACACGUGCUUGA